AUGGUUAAAAAGAUUCUCAUCACCGGUGCAUCCGGUCUCAUUGCUGGUAUACUAAUUAAACAUCUAUCAAACAAUUCCAACUAUGAUAUUUAUGGAAUCGAUAAACAUAUUGAAUUGUCGACACGUUAUCAGCUUGAAAAUACACCAAUAACAGAAGGUCAACAGCCAAUAUUACCAUCAAAAGAAAAAUUCUAUGUAUGUGAUAUUACUGAUGAGAACCAACUUUCACAUAUUAUCGAAGAAAAUCAAAUUAAUAUUAUUAUUCAUCUAGCGUCACUUUUAGAAACAGAAACAGUUGAAAAAAUUAAUCAUAUUAAUUGUUAUGGUACAAAAAUUCUAUUUGAUAUAGCAACAAAACAAAAGCAUAUGGAAAUGAUUAUUUAUGCUAGUUCAGUCAUGACUGUUUUCGGCUAUUUAGAAAAUGAACCUUAUUCAUCAUUAGCAAAAAAUAUUCAACCAAAAAAAUUGUUGAAAAAGAUAACAAUCAAUGAUUCUCCUAUACCAUCCCAUUUUAAUUCAUCAUUUGAAGCAUAUUGUAACAGUAAAAUAUAUAGUGAAGAAUUGGCUAGACAAUACUCAUCAAUUGAAACUGUAAAUGUUAAAUUUAUUUGUGCAAGAUUCGGUUGGAUAAAUACAACCGAUGAUAUAACAUCUGACUUGUAUGAUUGGUCAGAUAAAUCAAUAUGGUGUAGUCAUCGUGAUUUAUGUCAAUUUAUUGAUCGAAUAUUAGAAAAACAAUCAAUAUUGAAAAAGUUUGAAAUUUAUUUCGUUUCUUCAAAUAAUGAUUAUUGUUGGGUUGAUAUGGAUAAUUGUCGACAAGAUUUAAACUAUGUGCCACAAGAUGGUGCUAAAUGGAAGACGACAUGA